AUGGAGGAGGGCGAUGCGACGAAGGCGGGCCGUUGCUCAAUUGGCCACAGUGAGCCGAAUAAUACUGCUGCUGGAUGGGCGUUGAGGGCAAGUCGCAGCGAGUAUCAGCUUCAGAGUGAUGAUGAUGUCAAGAAUGCCCGUAUUACGGCUCUCUUAUCAGAGAUGCGACCAAAAGCUGAUUGUUCUACAAGAAGAGCUCACACGACAAAUUUAGUGAGCCUCACUAAACAUCCAGAGAAAGAUGCUAUUUAUGGCUCUUGGCAGGAUCGCCGCCCGCUGGUUUACGGUAGCCAACAAGUAUCGCUUCCAAAGUAUGACCAGCUCUAUUGUAAUACGUCGGGAAUGUUGCCGUUGCGUGGAAGAAUCGACAACGCGUCGACAAGUACACUUCCAAUUCGGAAAGAGCCACCGGAAUAUAGUCGUCUACGACCACUCUCGACAUGGCAAUUGACGGUUUCAGAAUCGCGAGCGCCACAAGCGGGUUGGCUUAAAAACCCGAGACCGCUUGCACGCGGAGCACUCUCGCCGGCGUCCUAUUUCAAAGAGCUUGAGAAUAAGAAUGGAUCUAUUGCGAGCGGACUUGCGGUGGCGGCCGCAAAAAUCACGACAAAUCUUAGUCAAUCCACAGAGAUUGAAAACUUGAAUGGAUCAUCAUCGGAUUCAACUCUUGAUAGUGCUUCGGAAAACAUUCCGGAGACGGCGAAUCGCGCCGUCGGCACCGAUAUGACGCUGAAUCGGAGCACACCACGGCAGGCGAGCUUCAUGGCGGCAAUACAGAGGCACCCACUCAAAGAAAGCACAUCGGUGGAUACGAAUGGCAGUGAGACGGAUUCGAAAUACGGCGAUACUCAGCAGAGCGUGUCGACGACGAUCGCAUCGACGCCUUUGAGACGGCCGCGCGGCCGCGAGUUUGCCUCGGGACGCGCCUAUCAAUCAAGCAGAAGCAUGGGAAGAUUGGAUUUCGAAGCGCUCAAAUCAUCAAAAAAUGACGGCGACAACAAAGAGGUGGCAGAUGAUAGUGUGAAAAUGCGAACAUGGAACGAUGCAGGUGCGUGUGAUUGGUUCUAA